AUGGCACCGCCUUUCCCAGUGCACAUGCGGGUGCAAACGAGCACCUAUGGACCGGCUGUAGCUGUCGCAAGGACCUAUGUGCAUGUCCUCCCUAUGCGUGGACCGCUUCCGGGCGAUGAGAAGGUCCAAAUUCUGGUGCGAAAUUGCCUAGACAAGCGAUCAGCAACGCAUCUCGGAAUAUCUACUAAUUUCUCUCUCAGGUUGGCCCCAAUCGAGCUCGCUUUCAAGUCUCCGAAUUCCUUCUCCACAAUCGCUCCAAAUUUCUCACAGCUGCCCUUAGCGGAGCCUGGCUUGAAUCGCAAAAUCGCAGCAUAGUCUUGGCGGACGAAGAUCCUGACGCAGUGAGAAUAUACCUGCAAUACCUUCACCCACCCUUCCAACUUCCCGCGCUAUCCGAAUUUCUAGCACACGACUUCUAUGCACUCGCGGAGUUGUACGUCCUGGGCGAACGCCUCCAAGAUUUGGAUUUCAAGAACGAAAUUCUUGACAACUUCAUCAAAGGCUUCACACCCCACGCGAUAGAUGGCAUAGAAUGGUUACCGCAUAUGGACGUUGUGAACAUAAUAUACAACGGCACUCUGCCUACGUCUCAAGGGCGAAGGCUGAUGGUGGAUAUGUUUGCAAUGUCUGGGCUUCCGUCAAGCUUGGACAAUACAAACGUGGAGGAUUUACAUCCCGAGUUCAUGAAGGAUCUCUGUCAGAAAUUGAUGGGAGGGCUUAUGAGGCCGAAAUAUGAUGUCGCGAAGGCGCUGGUGCAGGGGACGUAUCGCGAGGUGGUUCUUGAAGAGAUGCAGGACACAAGGAACAAGAGAUGGUCUAUCAAGGGAGUCUUUCGUGACGGUCUGCCUUGGGGCAUCGGGACAGACUUCCUGCGUCGGGGCAGUCGGAAUCGACGGUCUGGCGAGUAA